UGUUCCAAAAGCCCGUAUGAGGUUCGCAGUGGAGUGCUGGCUUCUUCGCCUCAACGAAGAUCAUGAAGCGAGGGCACGACGAAAUCGCAUCACCCUCGUACAACCCCCCGGGGAAGCAUAAAUCACCUUCAUAUGAUGAUAGCUUUAGGAAUGCACAGCGAGUGGCAGAUCAUUAUAGUGCUAGGUCAAAUCAGACUCUGGAGGAACGCGAGGCAAGCCCUAUUAUCCAUCUGAAGAAGCUCAACAAUUGGAUUAAAAGUGUUCUUAUUCAGCUCUAUGCUCAGAAGGGAGAUGCUGUUCUUGAUUUUGCUUGUGGAAAGGGUGGAGAUCUGAUCAAGUGGGAAAAGGCACAGAUUGGUUACUAUGUUGGUGUUGAUAUAGCAGAAGGCUCGAUAAGAGACUGCAAGACACGCUACAAUGGUGAUGCAGAACAACAACGCAGGAAAAAGUUCAGCUUUCCUGCACGCCUUAUAUGUGCAGAUUGCUAUGAGGCAAGGUUAGAUAAGUAUUUGGAAGAUGAUGGACCAUAUGACAUUUGCAGCUGCCAGUUUGCCUUGCAUUAUUCAUGGUCAACUGAGGCUCGUGCAAGACGAGCCCUGGCAAACAUAUCUGCAUUGCUCAGACCUGGUGGCAUCUUCGUAGGGACCAUGCCUGAUGCAAAUGUCAUCAUCAAGAAACUCAGAGAAGCUGAUGGUUUGUCAUUCGGCAAUAAUGUUUAUUGGAUUUGCUUUGAUGAUGAUUUCAGUGAGAAGAAAUUCAGAUCAUCCAGUCCUUUCGGAAUAAGAUACCAGUUUCACUUGGAGGAUGCAGUGGACUGUCCAGAAUGGAUUGUUCCUUUUCCGGUUUUCAAGUCUCUAGCCGAGGAGUAUGAUUUGGAGCUAGUCUUUGUGAAGAACUCCCAUGAAUUUGUCCGAGAGUACUUGAAAAAACCAGUGUACACAGAACUCAUGAGAAGACUCGGUGCACUUGGUGAUGGAAACCAAGAUCAAACCACAUUGUCACAGGAGGAAUGGGACGUCGCAUACUUGUACUUGGCUUAUGUGCUUCGGAAGCGAGGCCAACCUGGUUCGCAUCGGCGGAGCAACAAUAUCAACAAAGGGAAGAUGCUUAUAAAGGACGAGGACAUCGAGUUCAUUAGAUCAGACAUGUGAACUGAAUGUUGCCCGGUUCUUGGCUUCGGUUCGCUGCAUUUCUGCGGCGAAAAUGAUGACUGUUUUACAGAUCUGAUUUUAUUAGAGGUGUUGAAAUAAGUUUAGAAGGAUUCCUUUCUUGAAUUUUAUUUGAAAUCAAUGAAAUUGAGAGAAGUCAUAUAUUAUUUAUGUUGUACCUUUCUACUCACCAAAUGUAUUGAUAUAUAGCCCUAAAUAGAUUGUUACUAUUGUUCUUGCUAAUUUUUUAUGCCAGAAAACAUAAAUGAAAUGUUGGGAAUUUAAUA